GGUAACUUUCGCUCGUUAUUGUUGGCAACUGGAAACAAAUUCACUCGUGUGUGAACGUGUUAGCGACAAUGCGAGGAGGUCGAUCAGGGUCUCGUCACCAUGUCUACAGCUUCCCAGACCCCUCCAGCUUCCACGAGCCAUCCGUGCAUCACGGGAAAAUGCGCUCUGGCCCUCAAGGGUCAGCAGUUGACAUCGCUCUAGGACUCUCGGUCGAGAUCGUCCAUGCGAUCACAGUGCACCAGAACAAAAUGAUGUUCCAGUCUCCUAUUGGUGUGAUGAAGGAGAUCGUGUGGGACUACAGCGAAAAGUCUGUACGGUUCGUCCUAGACGAUGGCUCUACGUCCCCAACCUUCGUCUUUCCUGUUCUAACGGAGCUGGAGGCACAUUUCACUGCGAUCCUGGCUCUCCCAGACCUUGAGAAACCUCCUGAACAAAUCUACAUUGGAGUUCUCAUCGGACAGAACUUACCGUCGCCAAUUCAGCAGCGUCGGGCGAUUGCUGGCUUCAAUCAACCAGCGAUGCUACCGAUGGCAAAGCGUCGAGAGUUGCUGAGGAGCGAGCAGCCAGUGCGGAAUGCUACGAGUCGCGAACGACUGGGACUGGAGUUUAUCAGAAGCGGCUUCCUCUGCUUCACUUGCUCCAUUGGCAGCGACCUACGUGGCCUCACGUUGGGCGUCCAACAACUUCGCGUGUUUCCGACGCCAGACUGCCAUGAUCGCAGUGCCUGUUUGUUCUCCUACUCGUACGAGACUUUAGAGAGCUGUGAGGUAGCAGGGACAAGACUGGAACUGCGCUUUCGACCGACUCCUCAACUGGCCAAACAACCAAGUUAUCUCGUCUUUCAGAGCUUGGAGUCGCAGCAUAUUCGCGAGGCAAUCUGGUAUCUUAGAAAUGGAACGUACAUGGACGCUUCUCUCCGACAAUUGUUGAGCUCUCCUAGUCUAAGGCAACGUAUCGACGCUUGCUGUCGAGUCAUUGGUCCCACACAUCCAAACACAUCUCGAGUGCUCACCACGAGUGGCUUGUGCGAAUUCCACGCUUCCUGUCUCUCGGUGUCGCCAACUGAGGCGUCUACGAGACAGAAACCACGGGACAAACCUCCAGUCCCGAAAACGAUGCAGCCACUAACCGCUCUACUCCAGUCCACACACUAUGCGAGGAUGUUCAAGCUCCAGGGACAAUUACUCAAGCGACAGAAUGCGCGUACGUUUCAUCUACGCAAGACGUGGCAUCCGAAGUUCGUCGUGCUGUUCGAGACGCCGGUCGGGGGAUUUCUCUGCUACUAUGACAAGAUCACUCACUGUCCAGGGAUGACGGAGGCUCCGAGAGAGCGACGAAUCAUUGACUUGAGCUCAGUGCUGUGCAUCCGUCCGGUGUCUUCCUCGAGUCCUGUGAGUCGCAGCAGUCAUACCAACUCCCCAACAAUGCACGCAUUCGACGUGGUGACGCUGUAUCGGACGUGGACUUUUGCGGCUCUGGAGCCUGAGCUGUACGAGAUAUGGCUACAUGUUCUAACUGAAUGUGUCGAGAAACACGCAACUAUCGCUCCUGAUAAAACGCUUCGGCUCCCAGUGAAGCUGGCGAUGACGGGGCAUACAAGUCCCACUGAAGCCACGUCGCUAGAGAUUUCAGCACACGGUGUGUCAUUUUGUACAGGUCAUGAAGAGGAGGUUGUACUGAGUACGUGGUACUACACUGACCUCGAGAAAUGGUCGGUUGUGUUUCAACAAGGCUAUUUGUGCUGCCUGCUUAAGUGUCGAAGCCCAGCUCCGGCAUCUCCAGGGUCUCCAAGGACAAGCGUGCGCGAUACCGUCACUCAAGACUUCCUGUUCCGCACGACGGAAGCCAGCACGAUCUGUCUGGCCAUUGAAUUCUACGUGGGGAAGUGCAUGGCAAAGCUCGAAGUGCUCGCUGGGAAGUUUCUGGAGGAAAACCGCGCACAGAAGAACGGUAUCGCUCGCUCCAGUUGGAAGUCCCGAUUAUCCCCAGGAUCGCUCUGCUGA